GGAAGCUAGACGCCGUGGCGGGAAGGAAAUGCGCCGGCGGCAGUGUGCGCGCCUCCUUCUCCCGACCGGAACUGUUGCGGCAAUCGUGGCCGAUUGCUUCUGCCGGGAGAGACUGUUAACUGCUCAAAUUUUGUCUCCUCUUCUUUUCCUCCGCUCUUCCCAGAAGGUGAAAUGUCGAAGCGUGGAUAGACCAUGCGCAAAGUCCACGGCCACAGGGGCGCCGUUAGUCUCCGGACUCCUUUUUAAAGCUCCUUUGGGAGCCCUGGCUCUGAAGCAGAGCGUCUCGGGGUCAGCAGAUAACACAUCCUUGCCUCUUGAUGCAGUGUGAAUCCAGUCCAAGGGAAGAGGAGAUCCCCUCCCUCUUUUGGGGUUUGGAUCCUGUGUUUGUAGCCUUUGCAAAACUCUACAUCAGGGAUAUCCUGGAGAUGAAGGAGUCUGACCAAGUGCCAGGUGUAUAUUUUUACAACGGGCAUCCAAUAAGACGGGUAGAUAUCAUGGGAACCGUCGUCAGCCUAAGGGAAAGAGAUGCUUUCUACAGCUACGGAGUGGAUGAUGCCACUGGAGUUAUAAACUGCAUCUGUUGGAAAAAGCUGAGCGAUACUGAGUCCUCAUCAGAACCAGCUGCUCUGUGCACCUCGAGAGAGCUAAGUGUGACCUCACAGCUUAAGAAACUGCAGGAGACUAUUAAGCAGAAAACCAAGCUAGAAAUUGGGGAUGUUAUCCGAGUCAGAGGCUUUGUGCGCAUGUUCAGGGAAGAGCGAGAAGUCUGCGCCACCAUGCAUUAUAAGGUGGACGAUCCAGCAUGGAGCAUUCAAAUCGCGAGGAUGCUUGAGCUGCCUGCACUCUACAAGAAAGUGUAUGACCAACCCUUCCGCAACCCCACCCUAAGUGAAGAAGAGGCACUGAACAAUAAAGACACUUUGGAUCUUGACGGCCUCACGUUGUUGUUGAGUGAGAAAGUCAAAGAAUUCCUCCAGGAGAACAAAGUGCAAACCUUCUACCAGCAGGAGCUGGAAAUGGUGGAGUCCUUGCAGUCCGUGGCCAGUCAGCCUGUGGCUCACGGGGCCUGCUCAGACCAGAUGGAGUUAAAGAACACCACCACUUGCAGUGUUGUGCACACUGUGUUUAAGAAAGCUAUACAACUGCUGCGGGAAAAGGGACUCGUGUUCCAGAGAGAUGGCGGCUCUGAUAAGCUCUACUACGUAACCAGCAAAGACAAAGAACUGCACCAAAAGAUCUACCAGAUCAUUAAGGAAGAGUGUCAGAAACCAAAUCAUGUGGAGAAGGGCUGCCAUGUGAUGCAUGUCCUGAGCUGCGUGCGCCUGAACCUCCGCUGGGACCUGAACAGGGCUGUGAUGCAGCAGGUGCUGGAGCUCCUAGAAGACCAGAGUGACAUCGUGAGCACUGGAGAUCACUACUACACGGCCUUCUGAGCAGAGCCGUGGAGCAGACACAGGUGGCUUUUCCCCAGGUUGUGCUCACAGGUGCUGUACAGACUUACGUGUAUAUAAUCUCACUAAAUUUAGUCACUGGGAAAAUAGGACCUGACUUCCUACCACUUGGUAUGCCCCUGAGUCAGAUGGCUUUGAUGUCAGCCGAGACACACAAACUUUCCUCGUCAACUCCCUGGCUGGUCCUAGUGCACUCCGAGCAGAAGGGGAGGAAGCAGUGUUGCUGGCUUAAUCACCACUCUGAAUCCACGGGCCCUGUCUUGAUAAUGGGACAUCCCAGGCUUGAUAGAGGAGCAUAAAGGCGUCUACGCAUCUGGAACUGAAGAGGCGAUGGCCAGACCACACUGACAGAACACUUUACACACUCCAGGCUACUACAUGCAUCCCCACCUGGCUGCCCUGGUUUGUAAAAAGCUCAUAUAGGGCCAUAGUCUCCCAGAGUGAUUGACUGCCUCUCUUCCCAAGGCUCCAGCACCAGCAGUGACUGCUGCUGAGGUUUGCAGAUUGGCCUUGGCGAAUAAAGGAUCCGAAGUAUGGCUUAACGUUUUAA